AUGGCGUCUAAAAAGACGGUGCUCAUCGCGGGCUGCAGCGACGACGAUAUCGGCUCUGGCCUAGCCCUGACCUUCCGGCAGCGAGAUUAUCAUGUCUUUGCAACCGCUCGAAAUUCGCAGAAAAUGGCCAAGCUUCGCGAUCUUCCGAAUAUUACCUGGCUUACUCUGGAUGUCUGCAUUAAGAACCAUAUCACUGAAGCAGUUGAGACUGUCAGAGAGCAUACCGGCGGCAAGCUCGACUAUCUUGUCAACAACGCGGCCCGUAACCAUUUCAUGCCAGCCUUUGAUGAAGACCUGGAGACCAGAAAGAAGCUAUACGACACCAAUGUCUGGGGCCCCAUUGCCGUGGUUCAGGCUUUUGCUCCGUUACUCAUCCGGGCUCGAGGCACUAUCGCCUUCAUCACGUCGAUAGCGUGA